AUGCUUAAAUUCACUGCUGCGUUUCUCGUAUUAGUGGUUGCCUGCAAUGCCUUUCCUGCUAUACCUGGUGGUUAUACCAACCGUCCAGAUUUAGUUGACAGCGAUGUAGUUAAAUCGUUGACAGUUUAUGCUGCUAAAGUUUUAGCUACAACACAAAAUCUUUUUCUUGCUAAUCUUCGAGUUAUCAAGGUUCAAGUUCAAGUUGUUAAUGGAUUGAAUUAUAAAAUAGAUUUUUCUGCUGAAACUGUCUAUGAUGAAUCUGAUCGCAAAACAACAUGCCAAGUUGUCGUCAAUGUUCGACCUGAUUCAAUCAAGGACCUCAUACAAUCUCAAUGUCAAACAUCAUAA